GUGCCACGGCGAGAGCGAAGAGGGCGAGAGUUCUUGCAAGGGCGAAGGCAGACUGCUUCGCAGCCCGCUCAUUCAUAGCGAGAGAUACAUGUCCAGAUAGACGCACAGCACCGGAGGGCUGGAGGAAGAACCGCUCUGCCUCCUUGGCUGUGCUUGGCCCCGCUUCCCUUUUUCUUUUUUUAAUUGUGGAGGAGGAGGAAGAGGACGGAGCUCCUGGAAAAGUUUACAGCCUGGAGUAGCCAGAGGGGAGGGAGGUUAGCUGGUUGGCUGGUGCAAGCAGCAGCAGCAGCUCGCGGGCCACGGGGAAGUCAGAGCGGCUGCAGUCGCUGCCCACGCAACGAGAGGGGGUGGUCGUGGAGAGGAGCGGACGAUUCGCGGGAGGGAGGGACCCGGCUCGGCCACUUUCAACGCGUCCGCCCGUCCCUGGCGCGCCUCGGCUUCUUUCCCGGCACGCACGCACACCACGCACGCACGCACACACACACACACACACGCACACGUGGGCGCCUGUCGCCUCCGAGCGGAGCAGGACACCGGCUCCUCGGGCUGGAGGCGGGAGCCGCGCGCUGUCUGCGGGAAAGGGGCGCACCCCCAAGGAGCCUUCCUCGGCUGCCAGCCGGUGCCAUCUCAAUUGGGAGCGUGGGAGCUUUCGGGCAGCAGAGCACAGCUCCGAGACUCGGGAGCCCGCACUCGAAACGGCAGUCAGUUGGUUAUUUCCCCCUCUUCUUUUUCUCCACGCCACUUUUUCAGCUCUCUAAGAAACUUUUGCAUUGACGCGAUUGUUUGUGGUUUGUUUUCUUUCGGGGCUUUUAUUAUUCAUAUUCCGUUCCCUUUUUUAUUGGCUAAAAAUCAAACCAAAACUAAACCUUUGUCCUCUGCGAUCUAUUUGCUGUGGUGGAAGCAGCCCGCUUUUCCAGCAACCCCUUGCAACCUGUUGCGUUUUUCUUCUUUUUAAAGGAUCGUCAACCUGUUGCAGAGUUUAAUAGGCGGCGAUUGGUGGCUUGAAGUUGCCACAUCUGCCGCCGCCGCCACCGCUGCCUCAAGGUCGCAUCUGUGCUCAGUGUGGCACCGGGACUUGCCACCCGCAUACAAGCAGCUUGGGCUAUUGCAAUCCGGUGUGCGCUACUGUUUGGUCUGACGAUCUGUUGCUUUUCUUUCUAAAAGUGUGUGCGUGUGCGUGAGUGCGUGUGUAAAACCGACCUUCUUUGCACCCUUCCACUUAAGCAGCAAAAAGAAAAUCUGAGAUCUCUGUUUCGGUGCGGAGGAGGAGAAGAGUAAAAAGACGCGUGUUUUUAUUUUUUUUUAAUUUUUAUUUAAAAAUAAUAUUUCUAAAAUGCACUGCUAUCUCUUGAGCGUAUUCCUCACGCUGGAUCUGGCCACCGUGGCCUUCGCCUUGUCUACCUGCAGCACCCUCGAUAUGGAUCAAUUUAUGCGAAAGAGGAUCGAAGCUAUCCGGGGGCAAAUCCUGAGCAAAUUGAAACUCACCAGCCCUCCGGAAGAGUACCCGGAGCCUGAGGAGGUUCCUCCGGAGGUCAUCUCGAUCUACAACAGCACCCGGGAGCUGCUGCAGGAGAAGGCGAACCACCGAGCCGCCUCUUGCGAGAAGGAAAGGAGCGACGAGGAGUAUUACGCCAAAGAGGUUUACAAAAUAGACAUGGCGCCUUACUUCCCAUCCGCAAGUAAGUCUCGUCUGCAUGGCGUGCCCGCGUGUUUAGAUCUCAUCUCAACAAACAAUCCCAUCCCCUAUUUUAGAAGAGUGAGAUUUGAUGUCUCGGCAAUGGAAAAAAAUGCUUCCAACCUGGUGAAGGCAGAGUUUAGAGUCUUUCGCUUACAGAAUCCAAAGGCUCGUGUCUCGGAACAACGGAUAGAGCUAUAUCAGGUUCUCAAAAGCAAAGAUCUAACAUCACCGAUGCAGCGUUACAUUGAUAGCAAGGUAGUUAAGACAAGAGCUGAAGGUGAAUGGCUAUCUUUUGAUGUAACUGACGCCGUACAUGAAUGGCUCCACCACAGAGACAGGAACCUUGGAUUUAAAAUAAGUUUACAUUGUCCAUGCUGCACAUUCGUGCCUUCAAAUAAUUAUAUCAUCCCAAAUAAAAGUGAAGAACUAGAGGCAAGAUUUGCAGGUAUUGAUGACUACUACACAUAUCCCAGUGGUGAGAAAUCUUUAAAGCCCAGUAGGAAAAAAUACAGUGGGAAGACCCCACAUCUUCUGCUAAUGUUAUUACCCUCCUACAGACUUGAGUCGCAACAGUCCAGUCGGCGGAAGAAACGUGCUCUAGAUGCUGCCUAUUGCUUUAGGAACGUACAAGAUAACUGCUGCCUACGUCCAUUUUAUAUUGACUUCAAGAGAGAUCUUGGAUGGAAAUGGAUACAUGAACCUAAAGGAUACCAUGCGAAUUUCUGUGCAGGAGCUUGUCCCUAUUUAUGGAGCUCCGAUACUCAGCACAGCAGGGUACUCAGCUUGUAUAACACUAUCAAUCCAGAAGCAUCUGCAUCUCCAUGUUGUGUUUCCCAGGAUCUAGAACCCCUCACCAUCUUGUAUUUCAUUGGCAAAACACCCAAAAUUGAACAACUUUCUAACAUGAUCGUAAAGUCUUGCAAGUGCAGCUAAGGGAUAUAUUCAAGCAGCACUGUGUGCGCAUUUCUUCCCCCUACAAAAGAAAGGAAGAGAAAGGAACAUACCAAGAGGAAGAAAUAAGAAGAACACAUAGGAUCAUCCGUGUUGUUUUAAAAAGGAAAAAAAGCGGUACUAGUCUGAAUUGUUUGAGAGUUUGUUUCAUUGUUCUGUUUUGUUUUUUUUUUUAAACUGUCAUCCGAUGCAAAACCGUGAAGGCCUUAUUCUACAUUUCAACUACUUGGUUAGUGAGAUAGACGAGAAGCAUUUUUAAUUAAAAAAGCAAAAAAAAAUACUAACAAGAAAGAAUGACAAGAAAAAGAAAAACCUUUUAAAAAAUAAACACUGGAAGAAUUUGUAGAGUUCUUAUGUGAAAGGAAAAAACAGGAAAAAUCCCAUUAAGUGGAGUUGCUGUAUCUAUCCCGUGGCUUUACUUGAUCUCUGUGUUGUUAUGCCAUAGACACCCUAUCCGUUCCUUGUAGUUUGUAGAAUUAAAAGCGCAUUAUUUAUUUUUGUGUAAUACGAGCAAAUGAGAACAUGCCGCUGCCAUUUGGGGGUGGGGGAAGUAACAGAGAGAAAAGACGAAUUUUCAGACCAAAUAAAUGGCUAGAAUUCUCUUUAAUACCUAAGGAACAUGAGUUCAAAAUAGUUGGAACAAAAUGAUUAGUUUAGCUCAAUUCAGAAUAGUAGUCUGUUAUUGCAUUGUUAAGGAAUUCCACAUACACCUUGUUUUUCUUGCCAAGAUCCUAGGAUGGCUUUAUGUAAAGCCACGUACAGUUGUUUUUAAUCCUAAAAAGCUUAUUAAUAAAGGACAUUUUGUUUCAGUCUAAAAGACAAGUUUAUUAAAAAAAUUAAUAAAACAACAACUGUAAAUGAAUAGAUGGUCAGUUUAGUAAACCAGUGAAAUAUUUAAUAUGUACUGGUCUAAUUUUCAGACCCUAAUAUGUUGCUGUAUAGCUUUUGCUUUGGGAUUGUUUGUUUUGGUAUAUGUAACCAUACCUAUAGUAUUUCAAUAGGUGGUUAGUAAGAAGCCAGCUUAAUUGGAAACAUAUCUGUAGAUCUCUAUUGUAAACUAUUAAAAAAUUAAGUACUUUAUGUGUAAUGUGUAAAUUUUCACCCUAUUUUUGUAUUCUGUUAAUACUGUCAACUCUGAAGAGUUUGAAUUUGGGGGCUCUUGGCUGAUCACUCAGAAUCAUGUGUUUCCCUCUAGCCGGCCAGUAUGAGUAGAGUCCCUGUAUUUUCAACUUGCACUACAAAUACAUGUUUUAUAAUAUUUGCUAUACAUGUGGUUUGUAUGUUGUCUUUCAUCUUAUGACACCAGCUACCGGGCUCCUUUUUUUUGUUUCAUUUACAAAAAAGCCAAAAGGUAGAUUAAUAUAUGGUUUUGUCUAACAUAGCCCUCCCAUUCGUACAUCUUAAAAAGUAUGUCGAACUAUUGCUGACUCAAGACCCUGUUCCAGAAUUGAGUGACAGAUGGGAACUAAACGGAUGGAGAAGAACAAUGGAGGAGCUAAGCAGGGCACCUCCUUCUGCCUUUUGAGUCGUAGCUGAUGUCCAUUUGGAGGUCACAGGCUUCCUUAGAGAAGGUCUUAAGAAGAAGGCCAACUUCUUUCCUCACUCACAGCCUUUUUCCAGUGGCAGCCGCAGACACUUAGACAACAGACACAUCCAGCCAGCUCAGCAGGCUCAGGGCACAUGGUCUGUGCAGAGCCAGUGUGGUGCAACGGUUCAGAGCGCAGGUCUGGGACUUGGGGGACCUGGGUUCUGGUCCCCGCUCGGCCAUGGAGCCAGCUGGGUGACUUUGGGCCAGUCGCAGGCUCUCAGCCCAGCCUACCUCACCGGGUUGUUGUGGUGGGGAUAAGAUUGGGAGCAAUAGGAGCAGAAUGUUGUGAGCUGCUUUGAGUUCUUGAAAAAAGAAAGAGGCAGGAUAGAAAUCCAAUAAAUACAUGAAGAAAUAUGCAAGCAAGAUGAAAAUGCACUUACAUGUGCAACCUUAUACAUGUGAAUAUCUUUUGUGGCAGGUGGUUUGUUGGUGAGUUUAUGUUCCUUCAAUAUCAGUUCUGUAUUUUUUUAAAAAAACCUUAGGCUAUUUGGUUCAGUUAACCCUCAAAUAAAAGGAAAAGUAUUGCUGGGGAAGGAUGCACCACUCCCACAUAGCAUGCAGGAAGCAUCUGGUGCUACAUGCAUGAUUCAUUUUGCUUUGCUUCAUUUUUAAGCUGCAGCUUCAACAAUUGGUUGUGUGGUGGGAUGGAGAAGCAGAAGGGGACUAAACGCAGCCCCUCUCUCCCUCCCCAAAAGCCAAUUUAGGAGUGCGAGUGUUUAAUUAAAGACUUAUACCUGGAGCCCGUACACCUUUUAAAAAAGGCUUCUGCAUGGAUACAGAUGGAGGAAAUUGCAGAAAUUUACAUGCAGCUCCCAUUUACAAAGACUCCCUCCCCCAUCUAGGUAGGCAUGUCCAUGCGGAGACUGAUUCUCAGCAUGUGUGGCCUCAGAGUGGUUUGGCAUCCAUGUUCACCAAGACAGACUCAAAGGAUCCUGGGUGAUGCUCAGUUUCCACCUCAGCCCCUCAAAUAAGCUGCAAUUAAGUAAGGUGUUCACUUUUGGGGAUUGGGUUUCCAGGUGGUUUUGAGUUUGAGUGGAAGAGUACAAGUCAGGACUAUGGGGUUUAUAGCAAUGUAAAUGCAGUCCGCAGGUAGAUGUAAUCUAUUAUUAUAAAAAUAAGCUUAAGUAAAAUGGCAUCCUUUAACACUGAAGUCAAGUAAUUCUCAUUCUGUAAAGCUAUGAACAGCGACACAAGCAAUGCAUAUUUACUCACAAGUAAAUCUCACUGUGUUCAGUGGGACUUACUGCCAGGUACUGUCAAAUAAACCUGCUGAACUGGGUUUAUCUGACAUCAGCACCAAACAAUGUGCUUUCACAAAGUCUACAAAGUUUCCAUUUAGAUAACUAAUUUAUGGGCUUACAGCCCACUCAGAAGUGGACACAACCUACAUAUAUGAUGUUUCUCUGGCAGUCAUUUGAACCCAAGGCUGUCAUUAUUACUGAGCUGCCCCUGUUUUGUUUGGAGACAAAGAACUAUUUGUUCUCAAAUGACAAACUUCUCAAAUGAUUUACAGGACCAGACCAUAUAUUGGUGCAUUAUUUUGCUUUUCUUUGUGCUUUGCUUCCCUUUCCGUAAUUCAGUGAAGCAAACAGAACAAACUAAAAGCUCCCUUUUGAUCAAAUUGUUCUGCCUGACUGUUUUAAAAGUGUAUAAUAGUACUUAUCAAAUGCAUUUGAUUCCUUCCCUACAGGUAUAUAUGUGUAUGAAUGUUGACAUCCAUAUGUGAUUUCUGACAGUUCCAGAUGAAUCCUGACAGUGUCUGGAAUCUCUAAGACAUGCCAUGUUUUCAGUGUAACCUUUGCAUGUUUGCUCAGAGGGAAAUUUAGCUGUAUUCAAUGGGGCUUACUCUCAGGUAAGUGUACACAGAAUUAAAUAGAUGAACGUUGACAGUCACCUGUGUUGCUCACUGACAUUUACCAGUGCCUAUCUGAAAAUAAAGGAUAAAUAUAUUUUUUUUCAUUCACAAAAUUAAUCUGGGAUUAUUGUGUGAAUGUUAACAUUCAGCAGCUGUUAGACAGUUAAUGAAACACACAUGCAUACACACACACACACACACACUAGCAGAAUUGAAUUCAUGUUGUAAAAUCGUUCCACUUCAAUAUGUAUGGAUAUAGCGCAACUCAAUGACAAUAGAAUCUUCUUGCAAAAAGUAUAGGCCACAAACAGGACUUUGGUUGAUCGUGAGUUGGAUCCGGAUUUAGCCAUACUUUGCAUAGAUGCACAGAAUCAGUGGGUAGUAUCCAACUGUGUCAUUCCACAAAUGGUAGCAGAGACCAUUCUGAACUAUGUGUAAGAAUACAUGCUAAUUGAAGUUAUGUUUGUGCAAAGAUGGUUGUCCAAAGUGGUUGUGCAUUAUGCUUUUGCAUAACUUUAGUGCAACCUGUUGUGUAUCCAGCUUUAUAUAACUUUUGUGCAAGUUGUUGUGCACAACACAUUACACAACCAUGCUUGUACCAACCUAAGUAUAGUUGUACAAAAACGGUAGUUGUUGCAAUGGGAAACUACUUGCAUAUUCAUCAGAGCUCCACUCGCAUUAUUUGAGUUUGCAGAAUGAGGUCACUGGAUAUUGCCCAAUAGGACUUAAGGUCGGCAUGACCAAAAUGGGUCACAAUGCUUUUAAUGGGUCUACUGGAACUAUAACUAAAUCUGGAUCCAACCCAUAGUUUUGGGAACUUGGAAUAUGGUGAAGUCAUGCUUAUGAGGUCUUCCUUGAGCAAGUAAAAAAUGAGGAAGGGCAUGUAGCUUCAUGUGCACUUGUGCACCUGGAAGUAGCCAGACCCUGAGGUUACUUCCUCGCAUCAGGGGGAUCUUGGCCAUGAGGCCUAUUCAUAGUUUAUGAGCUGGUCCCUGGAGGACUGCAGUACCGACUUGGAGUAGACCUCUUCGACAGAAAAGCGGAGGCACUGAGCUGAUGCACAUGCAGGUGCGUGCAAAUGCACAUGACUCCCAAAAUCGCCCAAGGAGGCUGGCCCUCACCCGCUGGUGUCUGCCUGUGAGGAUGUCAGAGAUGGGGCAAGCCAGGACGCAUGACUUGGAGGGAGGGAUGGUUGGUGUGACGCAGCCACACCUUGAUUCAGCCAGAGAACUGUUCUUUGGGCAGAGGGACUGGGCACUUAGAAUGGCAGGAAAGUGACCAAUGGCUGUGCUACCUUUCCCUGGAGAAUUUCAGUGUGGGAUCAUAUUCUGUCUUUCCCAUGAAGACUGCCAAAAAUUACUUCCAUGCUUCCAGCCUAUGCUGGGUGUCAACCGCUGUUCAGUGGAAUAAUAGGCUUACUGCCCAAACCAGCACCAUACUGGUUGACGGCCAUCACUUACCUAUGGCCCCUCUAGUUCUGUUCUGAAGGCAUCACAGGUCACCUGGAAGUAAGCACCUGAUGGCUCAAUCCUGAUUUACUCAUAAGUAAGCUUGUUUAUUGCAAUGGGCUUUGCAACCCAUUUGGAACAUUUUGAGCUAAGCAGUCCUGUCUGUGUGUAUUGUCGAGAUAUCACACUGUACACACUCUUUCUCAUUCUUAAUAUAGAGUUAGUAUGUUGAACAUAGCAAUGGUUCAUUCUUUAGGAACGAAGAUCCCUGUUUAAGUGUCCUUUGGGACCCUAAUAAGGCAAGAUCUGGGAUCAUGCCAUGUGGUUUACUUGCAUUCACAUGAACACAAACAGAGGUCCUAUGCAGACCUUACCAAUUCAACGCCACAUGGUCUGAGCUGAAAGAGAGGAUGUCAGCAGUCUGGAGUCAUAGCUGAAUGGCCAACAUGGGUGGCUUUGCCCUCUGUACUCUUUAAGUCCUCAGGGCCAAACAGAAACAAACCUGUUCAUUGUAAUCACAGCCAUUUCAGGUCUAAUGGCUUUAGUUGCCACACAAUUUUUUAAAAUUUUUGAGAAAGUUAUUUCUGUCCUAUCUCCAGUGUCUCCAGCUAGCAUAAAAUGACCAGAAGCAGAAAAUGAGACUCCUAGUGGGAUGUAACUUUUCUAUUUCCUUUCCAGAAAUCUGACUUCUUAGGCAAGCUCACCUCAAUUGUAAUCUGACAUGUAUCCUUAUCCAAUGAGCCAUGUCAGAGCUGAUGGGGGAUGUAUGCUUAGGUUCCAUUAAGAAAUUAUGCAGUGUAUCAAAAUUUAUAACCAGAUUGCAUGAGAUUCAGAGGGACCACAGUUUUGCACCAUGCCAUGGGCUGAUUCAGUAUAGCUUAAAAUCAGAACAAUAAUAAUUUGCUGAAGCAGAGACCCAAGAACUAAGUUUUCUGAACCAUUUUAUCAAAUUAUGUUGAAACUAUUAAGUUGAAAAAAGCAAGAACAACAUUUUGGUUUAAUUGGCUUUCUUGUGUGGGUAUCAAGAAAUACCAAGAAUUCUGUGGAUGGUAUCAUUUAAAUGGACACAGAAAUAAAUAUUGGAGUAGUGAGAAGGAAUGCUUGAAACAUUACAGACGACAAACGUGGCUUUUCUGUAACUACAGCCCUUUGGUACCUUUAUUCGAGGUUCUGGGGAUUCUAUAGAGUUCCAGAACAUGACAUUGUGUAAAUGGCUAGACUUUAUUCCCUUUGCUUUGCAGAAGAAAACCUGGCUUUUAAAUUUGAUGUCUUCAUAUUUUAUUCUUGUAUUUUCUUUUUAAAGCCCUGUAUUAAAAUAUAUCUUUUUGCAUUGGGGAAAAAUGGUAUUAGGCUACUGUUGUUGCUUUAAAGUCACCACAAUUUAAGGGCUUACCUACCUAGAUUUCAGCAUGUCUAGAAAAUUCAGAUUGGUUAACAGAGGUGACUCAAGGUCCUUCCCCAUUUUCACCCAUGGCUAAAGGAAGACGUUUGGUCCUUUUUUGUUUAAACUACUUCUGCCCCAGCUUUGCAGGAACAAAAUAAACUCUGGUACUCUUUGCAAUUAUUUUAAAGUAGAUCUUAGAAGGGUGCACCCAUUUGGUGCAAAUAUCCUCAUCCUCUGACAAAUCAGCAUGGCUUUUUCAUUCAGUGGGAGGUGCUGCUGUCCAGCUGGGAAGUGGGGGAUCUCAUUAUUUCCCAGUUCCUCAGCAAAUUAGCUGGACCAAAUGUGAAUGCAUGGGUGGAGCUCAGGCCAAAAUUGUAAUGAUUCCUCAGAUGGGGCAGAGCAAAUAUGUUUCAUAAGCAAUAGUGUAAAAAGGAAAAAAAAUGUGUGUAAGAACCACUGUACUGAAAUGGAUAAGUAAUCGAGUCUGUAUUUUAAUACAAUGUGUUUGGUGCCAUAGUGGUAAAUAAAUUAUUGCAAUUUGCCCGUA